GUACGGCACCAAUGGGGCGCGAGCUCUUCGUACGGAGCCUUGGAGGAAAGCGCAGCAUAAAUUCCAAUGGAGGCCGGACUGUUUAUCCGCCGCGACGAGAGCUCACAGGCAGGAAGAAUGGCGGCUCUAAGUUGCGGCUUUCACUUGUCCGGAUCUUCGCCCUCGUCGUCGCAGCUCGCGAGAAGAAUGCUGGAAUUCAGUGGCAGGACGAGAAUCUGGCUGAGGAGGAGCUCCUUUGCGCAGGUAUUUGUUUCUCUCCUCCAUUCCUAGCUACCAAAGUUCCUUUUCUUCUUGCGUUCUUGCUGGCUAUGGUGACAGAGUUUAUCGGAAACUUACAGGCACAGCCAAAGACGUCGGCUCCUCGGCCCAGCGUCAUCAGGGCGUUCUUGGUUUCCGACGAUCGAGCAAGAUCGAAGAGCUCUCCUGCGCCUUCUUCCGGCAAGAGCAGUAAUCUAUCGGCUUUGCGAGUGAGUCAGCUCAAGAGAGUUUUAGAUGCAGGCGGUGUGGAUUACCGUGACUGCCUCGAGAGAAAGGAGCUCGUCGAGAGGCUGGAGAAGACCAAGAACUUCAUUCCUCCUGCUGCGAAGAGGCUGCUGCAACAAUACCUCGAGGGCGCUGAGCCUCCGCCGCAUCUCUCUUACGAGCUCCUCCAUGGCUCUUCACCCCCUGUAGAAGAUUGGUGGCUGGACGCCGAGAAGAACAGCAUAAAACUCUUCCAAGACUGCAGCCCCUCCGUGGCUCACAUCACAACGCUUCGACUCGGCAAAGACAUGUCGAUGAAUCCCGUUGAGAUCCCUCGAGGAACUGGCAGCGGAUUCGUGUGGGACAAAGAUGGUCAUAUCGUCACGAACUAUCACGUCACCAUGAACGGCGAACGAGCUCGAGUAACACUCUCAGAUGCCAGCACUUGGGACGGAACUCUGGUUGGAUAUGCGAAGAACAAGGACCUCGCAGUGCUCAAGAUCUCGGCACCGCCAUCCAAGCUAAAACCAAUCAGCGUUGGUACUUCACAGGGACUCCAAGUUGGCCAACACGUACUCGCGAUUGGAAAUCCUUUUGGACUCGACAGAACACUCACGAGUGGAAUUAUCUCCGGUGUCGGCAGAGAUAUCAGAAGCAUCGGUGGAAGGAUCAUUCGUGGUGUGAUCCAAACCGAUGCUUCGAUAAAUCCUGGAAACUCUGGAGGGCCUUUGCUGGAUUCACAAGGACGACUGAUAGGCGUGAACACUGCGAUUUACUCGCCGACCGGGGCCAGCGCCGGUGUUGGCUUUGCGAUCCCGGUGGACACCGUGCGAAGGGUGAUAAACCAGAUUAUUCGCGAUGGGAAAGUUGUGAGGCCGGGCUUGGGGAUUGUUUGUGCGAGUGAGAGCCAGACGAGGCAGCUGGGAGUGACUGGAGUUUUGGUGCUGGGAUUAUCUUCAAACGGUGCUGCUGCUCAAGCGGGUUUGAAAGCUACGUCAAGAGAUGAGAAUGGAAGAUUGGUUCUUGGAGACGUCAUCGUUGCUAUCAAUGGCGAGGCCGUGAAAACCGUGGAAGAUCUUCUCGCACUGAUCGACGAGCGCUGCAUCGAAGAAGUCGUGAGGGUGAGCGUCAAGAGAGGGAGCUCCAUACAAGACUACUACGUAACACUCGAGGAGCUAGAAGAAUAAAAGAGAUCCACGAAAUGGAAGAAGAAAAAAAGGAGAAACCUUUGUAAGAUACUAUCACGUUGUAAAGAAAGACCGAGCAAAAAAAUGGAGAAAAAAAAAGAUUUUUGCUGUAAAAAA